ACACAUUGUUCUAAGAGAGAUCAAGCAUACAUUUGUACAUGUACACAAGCAAUACAUGCAUUCAUGGGUGAACAAAACAAUGUUCAUAUAAUUCAAUAACUCGCCUUCCUGCUCAAGAGACGGGCGGGCAUCUACAUUCAAAUUCUCAGGAGAUAUUUUGAUACAGUGAAUGGCAUUGAGGUAAUUCAUUGGUCAAACAGUUAUGUGGCAAGAUGAUCAAGAACACUCAUAGUUCGUUAACGAAAACAAGUUAUAUACCUACAGAAAACUUUGUACUUUCCUUAGCCACAUCUUGAUCGAUGAUGACUUUGAUAGUAGCUGAUAGAAGUAGACAAGUUAGGGUUUUUAUAUAGAGAAGUUUAUUUUGCUAUUCAACAAAAGCCACACAAAAAAAAAUUCAGAACUGCUCCAUCUGCUUUAAGUUCUAACAAUAAUAAAUUCAUGUAAUCCUUUCAUUCAAAAAAAUAAAAAUAAAUGCAUGUAAUCCGUUAUAGGGCCUCUUUUUUUAAUUUUUUGGCAUGUAUGUGACUGAUAGCUGAUCGUUAUUCAUAUUGCUGAAAAUUUUAACAAAUUAAAUAUUUAAAAUCUCUGCAACCUCUGACCAAAUGCUGUGUGGGUUGCGGUCACUGUGUGUAGAUUGGGGUCAUUGCGACAUGCAAACUAAUAAGGCCGUAAGGGUAUUUAAAGUUCGCCUUUUCUGUCUCUAGAGUCUUUCGAGCCCUUAUUUUCUUACAUCAUAUUGAUUAUGUAGCCCAAUUUCUCCUUGGACCAACUCUAUAGGAGAUCGUCUUCACCAUUAGAUUUUGAUCAGGACCGGACAUGGAUGAUUCUUUGCUAGAUGUGUGACGUGUGUUUAUGAUGUAUUAAAGUAUCAUGCAACUGCCAGGAAGAAGCUGUAGAAUUCAGUUUUUGAGUUGAGGAAAGAAAACUCAAAGAUGGAGGAUGUGACAUACAAAAAUUGUAUUGGUUAAGUGUAAGGAGGACUAAGAAGAUAAGUAAGUAUGUGGCGUCAAUUACUCUUGCUACUUUUCUUCAUCCUUCUAACUGUUUUGAUUAAGAAGCUGAAAAUUUAAAGGCGAAGACUUGAAGACCUAAUGCUGUCUGCGUCCAAGUAAACGCAAACAUUUCUCUUCCUUACAAAAGCCAGCUUUUACCAAAGAAGAUACUUAGGAAAUAACAAACAUCUUAAAAAUGAGCUCUUAUAAUCUUUCUUCCCUUUCCAUUUUCUUUUCUCUAAUAUUUUUCUUGAUCUUUGAUCUCACUGUUGCCAGGUCUUGUAGUAGCCAUUGUGGAGGAAUCCAAAUCCCAUACCCAUUUGGAAUCGGGGAGGGCUGCUACCUCAAUAAAUGGUACGAAAUUAAAUGUGAUCAUAAUAACUCUCUUUCAGUUUCAGGGAAGCUCGUCCCUGUUCUUUCAGUAAUCGGCAAGGAAGUUGUGAAUAUCUCUCUUCCGGAAACACUCUUCUCGCAUGGUUCUGAUAGCCUGCCAUAUGGGAAAGUUCAAAUAAGAAACCCAAUGACAUCAAAGGGGUGCUCCAGCAACGAACAAGAGUCUACAUCACUUCUGAACUUGACGGGGAGCCCUUUCUACGUUAGUGACAGUAAUACACUGAUAGCUAUUGGUUGCAGCAACAGGGCGUCCUUGACAAAUAUCGAGCCAAGCAUCGUGGGAUGCUUCUCCAGUUGCCUCCCAACAAAUCGUACUGCUUCACAAGAUUAUCUAGAGACAGUCAAUUGUAAUACUAAGAGUUACUUUGUUGAAGAAAACUACGGGUAUUGUGGUGAAAGAAGAUAUAUAAAUGAAACAAACUGCAACGGUAAUCGAUGUUGCAAGGCAAGCAUGCCCAGUAGUAUUCAACAGGUGGUUGGUGUCACAAUAGAUGAUAACCCUACCACAAGAGGAGGGUGUAAAGUUGCCUUCUUAACAUAUGAUCAGGCAUACUCUUUAUUAGACGGAUCUGAUCCAAAUCUGGUUCUUGCUAAACGAUAUUCAACAGUUGAGUUAGGAUGGUUCAUCCAUACAACGAAUCUUUCUUCCUUCGUAGACUCUCUAAGAUGUAUGCCUAUGAGAGAGUACCAAAAUCUAAGAAAUAGUGAACACUAUAGACUGACUUACGGAAUAAGUUGUGCAUGCGACUAUAAUUCUUCUUCUCCUAAUGAUGCAAGUUGUAGAUGCAAUAGAGGUUACAUGGGCAACCCAUACAUUCCGGGUGGAUGUAAAGAUAUUAAUGAAUGCACUUCCGUUGACAACUGUUGGGGCGGCACAUGUGUCAAUUUGCAAGGAUCCUUUAAUUGCGUGUAUAGCAAUCACCGGCUUGCUAUAGGGUUCGGUUCAAGUUUCGGCUCAUUGAUCUUUAUUGUUGGAAUAUACGGGUUAUACAGAUUUAUUAGAAAACAGAGGAGGUUAAACCAAAAGAAGAAGUUCUUCAAGCGCAAUGGAGGCUUAUUGUUGCAACAACAAUUAACUUCAACCAAAGGCAGCGUUGAUAAGACAAGGGUGUUCAGCUCGAGAGAGCUUGAAAAGGCCACUGAAAAAUUCAGUACAACUAGAAUACUUGGCCAGGGUGGUCAAGGAACCGUGUACAAGGGAAUGCUUGUUGAUGGAAGAAUCGUAGCAGUGAAAAAGUCUAAAGUUGUGGAUGAAGACAAGUUGGAAGAGUUCAUCAAUGAGGUUGUCAUUCUCUCCCAGAUCAACCACAGAAACAUCGUCAAACUUUUAGGGUGUUGCCUCGAGACAGAUGUCCCGGUUCUCGUCUACGAGUUUAUUCCCAACGGCAACCUUUUCGAACAUCUUCAUGAAGAUGAGUCAGAUGAUCACACGAUGACUACGUGGGAAGUGCGUCUCCGCAUUGCUAUAGAUAUUGCAAGUGCUCUUUCGUAUUUGCAUUCAGCCGCAUCAUCGCCAAUAUAUCAUAGGGACGUCAAGUCUACAAACAUAAUGUUGGAUGAGAAGUAUCGAGCUAAAGUGUCUGAUUUUGGCACUUCAAGAACGGUAACGGUGGAUCAUACGCAUCUUACAACCGUUGUUUCAGGUACGGUGGGGUAUGUGGAUCCUGAGUAUUUCCAGUCUAGCCAGUUCACGGAUAAAAGCGAUGUUUACAGCUUUGGGGUGGUGCUUGCGGAGCUUAUCACCGGAGAAAAAUCAGUUUCUUUCUUGCGGUCUCAAGAAAAUAGGACAUUGGCAACUUAUUUCUUUCUUGCGAUGAAAGAGAAUAGGCUGCUUGACAUUAUCGAUGCACGGAUCAGAGAUGGUUGCAAGCUGAAUCAAGUGACUGCAACGGCAAAUCUUGCAAGGAAGUGUUUGAAUCUAAAAGGGAGGAAACGGCCAAGUAUGCGAGAAGUGUCCAUGGAAUUGGAGAAAAUUCGUGGGUCUUCGGUGGAUAUGGAACUACAUGAGUGUGGUAGUGAAAACGAGGAAGAGAAUGAAGAACAAAUUGUGGGUGCUAACAUAGAGUUACAAUCAUGGAACAACACUGCCGUUACUGCUCCAACUUCUCAAUACGACGUCGGUACAUCAUCUUUGUCAAUGUCAGAUGUUGAGCCUCUGUUUCCUUUUCAAACACGGUAAUAAUUUCAACUUUGCAUACCACGGCAUUAUCUAGUGCCUGCCUUUUGCGUUCCCGUCCUAGUUUGGUGUUUCUGUAUGUGUGAUGUAUUUCUUUUGUGUAAUGAAUACCUAUGAUUGUGUAAUAAAAGGAUCUCGUUUGUAACACAGAAGUUUACAUUCUGAUAAGCCAGUCUUUAGGCUGUU